ACUGUUCACUGUGCCACCGCCACAGUGAUGAUGGUGGUAGGAGCUACUACUGCGCUGCACCACUGCACCCCCCUCAUUCCUUUUUCCCACUUCCGCUAUAAACUCGCCCGGCCCCCAGCUAGGUAGCUCGUUGGCAUUGCAGCUUCCUCUCCUCUUCUUUCUCCGGUGUAGCGUCGCGUUGCUCCCUCUUGCUUGCGCCGAUGCUUCGAUUCUUGAUAUAAAUACGCGCGUCCAGACACCGGCCGUCCUCCGCUCUACAGUCUCAGCCACAGCAACCACCACCUGCCUCCCAGCGAAGCGACAUCAAGGCAUCAAGCAAGGCCAUGGAGUACAGGGCGAGGCGGCGGCAGCACGUGCCGGCGUUCGGGGAGUGGAACUACCGCUGCUCGCCCUCCUCCCCGGACAAGGAGGCCCGCGGCGACGCCUGGGUCGUCCGCUACUCGCCGCGCAGGCCGCUGCCGCCGCCCGGGAAGGCCAGGAGGCCGGAGGAGAUCAAGCGGCCGCGGUACUGCGGCGUCAGCGGCGGGAAGGGGAGCGUCGGGGCCGCGGCGGCGAGGGUGAGGGAGGAGCCCGCCGGGGGCGACGUGGUGGUGGUGGCGCGCCCGGCGCUGGCCAGGGCCUCACGCAGGGUGGUCCGGCCCGUGGACGAGGACCUGUACCAGGUGACGUCGCCGGAGUUCGUCGUUUCCACCCGCCGGCCGCGGCAGAAGAGAGCGGCGAGGAGCCUGUGGAUGGGUUGCCUGGGCGGCCUCGGCUGCAUCGCCUGAAGCGGACCGGACCGGACCGGCCGAGAUCGAUCAAGACUACCCUUGCAAUACAACCUGGAGUUGUAGCAGUAGUGUUCCGUCGUGUGUGAUUUUCUCUCUCAGAUUCUUUGCCUUUUUCGUUUUUGGAAACUUUUGUGUUGCCUUGGUAGGUUAAGACUAGCUAGUCCGCCAUAUAUUGGUGCUGGUGCUUGCUUCACGCUUAUGAGCCUCCGACUCCGAGAUCAAUGCAAGGACCAGGAUGUGUAAAAGUACUUUGGAAUCAAUCGAACAUGCGUGCAUGUGGUUUUUGUA